AUGGAUGCCCGAGGCACAAGUGCGAUAAUUCUUUCUGGUAUUGCAAAGCCACCAUAUUUAAAUCCACCAGCUUUGGCCGAGUUAUCCAAGGUGGGGAACAUUGGCCGAGUUAUCCAAGGUGGAGAACAUUGGCCGAGUUAUCCAAGGUGGGGAACAUUGGCCGAGUUAUCCAAGGUGGAGAACAUUGGCCGAGUUAUCCAAGAUUUGAUCAAGGUGCUGUGUAAGCGACUCAACAAGGAGUUUUCCAAACAUCUUACCCAUGACUCAAAACAUCUUACCCAUGAUUCAAAACAUCUUACCCAUGAUUCAAAACAUCUUACCCAUUACUCAAAACUUCUUACCCAUGACACAAAGCAUCUUACCCAUGAUUCAAAACAUCUUACCCAUGAUUCAAAACAUCUUACCCAUGACUCAAAGCAUCUUACCCAUGACUCAAAACAUCUUACCCAUGAAUCAAAACAUCUUACCCAUGACUCAAAGCAUCUUACCCAUGACUCAAAACAUCUUACCCAUGAAUCAAAGCAUCUUACCCAUGACUCAAAACAUCUUACCCAUGACUCAAAACAUCUUACCCAUGACUCAAAGCAUCUUACCCAAGACUCAAAACAUCUUACCCAUGACUCAAAGCAUCUUACCCAUGACUCAAAGCAUCUUACCCAUGACUCAAAACAUCUUACCCAUGACUCAAAACAUCUUACCCAUGACUCAAAACAUCUUACCCAUGACUCAAAACAUCGUACCCAUGACUCAAAACAUCUUACCCAUAAGUCAAAACAUCUUAUCCAUGACUCAAAACAUCUUACAUAUGACUCAAAACAUCUUACCCAUGACUCAAAACAUAUUACCCAUGACUCAAAACAUCGUACCCAUGACUCAAAACAUCUUACCCAUAAGUCAAAACAUCUUACCCAUGACUCAAAACAUCUUACCUAUGACUCAAAACAUCUUACCCAAGAUUCAAAACAUCUUACCCCAUGA